CCUCCACUUCCGGUGUGUAAAUGUCAACAGCUGUGAGUUUGGGCUGCAGGUGUUCCUCUGGAAGCACCUGAGCGUGUGAGUGACGCGUUCAGCGUGAGAACAGCACGUUACGUUAUUUAUAUCCUCAUGAACUGAUCAGGUCAUUGAUCAGGUGAUCGAUCCUCUCUGGUGUUCAUCAUCAGUCGGAGAUUUCCCGUCAUUCCGCUGCGGGCUGGUCGCCAUGGUAACCCGGGCUCCCGCCGCCGGCCGCGCGCCGCAGUGAGCAGCAGAGAGACGGAGGGGAGGCGGUGAGUCACCAACACCGAGACCAGCCCCGGACCGCAACCGGCAGCCAGCGACCGACACACCGGAGACACACCGACGGUUAGCCUGUUAGCUUGUUAGCUUAACGUUAGUGCUGUCAGUCAGAGCGGAGGCGCGCGACGACCGCAGACUGUUAAUGAGGCUGAUGACGAUCAACAACCGCAGUGUUGCUUCAGCCUGAAGGAGCACCGCGACCACCGCGACCACCGCUGCAGAGACCACCGCGACCACCGCUGCAGAGACCACCGCUGCAGAGAGCAGUCUGUUGCUGCAGACGCCACACAUAUCAUGCACCAAUAGCAACCGCAUGAAGGGCAACGAAAUAGACCACUGAUGUGUGAUGAUGACCAUAAUGUUGCUUCAACCCUAAACAUCAACUAUAGCAACGAGACUGUUGAUAUCUAAUAACAACACGUUGGUUCAAUUUUAAAGCUUCAGGAAGGACCACAGCAACCGAACCUCCUGCAGCUCCAUCCACAGCAGCUACUUGUACAAACUGUAUUGCAGGGUUAGGGCAGCAACUUGGAAAUAAACUAUCGAUGUUUAUAAAGCAACAUGUUGCAGAAUCUACAUGAAGAGCAACAAGAAGCCAGCCUGUUUCCUCCUGUUGCUUCAGUCUGAGAAGACAGCAACUUAACCUGCAACUGCGUCUACAGCAACCAUCAACUCAGCCUCCAUCAUCCAGCAGAUCUGCUGUCCUGAUUGGACAGAUGGAUGUCCCUCCUGAUUGGACAGAAGGAUAUCCCGUCAGACUGAUAAGCUGAUCUGGAAUCAGUCAGGUGAACCUCAGGUUGGUGAAACUCCGCCCACACUGCCCCACCCUCCGGGCGCAAGACAGAUGACAGCCAAAAGGAUGAGCCAUCUGAAAGAGGCAGAGUCUGUCCGGGAGAUGGAAGGAAAGGUGCAGACCUGGGCUCAGUCUCUGGUUUACACUCUGGAGGAACUCGAGUGUAAAAUCUGCUACAAUCGAUACGAUACUCGCAGCCGGAAACCCAAACUGCUGGGCUGUCUGCACCGAGUCUGUGCCAAGUGUCUGAAGAAGAUGGUCGACAUAGCUCACAGCUUUGUCUAUCUGCAGCGAGGGCCGCCUUUCUCUCUUGCUCAGGAGGAGGCAUCUAAAGAGCAGCAGCCUACCAUUAAGGAGGGACCGACACAGCCGAAGAGGGCGGUGUGUUUACUUGGGAAAGUACAGGUCACAAUCCUGUGUUAAUACCACCGGCAAGCACCUGAGAAGCUGAAGAAUGUGAGGCCAAUUAACAUAAGUAAGACCCAGGAAAGAAAAAGACGGAUGGGCCUUCCCUGCCUCCAGGAUUAUUAUCACGCAGCUCAGCUGAGACCAGUAGUUUGCCUUUAUGCACCAACAUACACUGCAGGAUGGAAGGAACAGAAAGUUUUAAACUGAAAGGAAUACCAAUAACAUCCCCUUUAGCAGAUCACUCGUGAGAUGAACUGAUGGUUUCAGAUAACCCUAUGUGGCUCUUUUAUGAAAUCCUGGCUGCAAAUAGUUGAAAUUUGCAAAUAGGGGAUGUUUCUAAGCUACCGAAGCUUCUGAGCUACUGAGGUGCCUACAAUUUGGAUUUUACACCAAAUUAAAAUGAUGGCAAAUUUAAGGAAUGGACCUCAAAAGGUUUAACUACUUACUAUUCGUUUCUUCACAAGGGAGCAUCCCAGAGCUCUGAGGCUCUACAGAAUAAAUAUACGCUGGGAAAUGAGGAUUUUUACAGGUAAGUGACUUCAACCAAAAUCUAAAAAAGCCUUUAGAAAAAGGGCUUUCAGUGUUUCUGCAGGUAUUUCUAUCAUUAUUCAAAUACGGAACAUGCAACCAAAUCAUAUCCACAUUAUAUACUGGAAUCCAACAAUCGAAACAAGAAAGCACAGAACACAUAAAACAGAAGUGGGAAAAGAGGGAAAUGAUUUCUGCUGACAGCUGUGAGAAAGUGUGCCGGCUUCAGUGGAUCGCAGCAGGUUGGAAAAUGUGGAGAGAGUUCUCAUCCAGAAACGACAACAAGGUGCGAUGCCUGUUGGAGACUGUGUGGGACUAAUGGACCAAAUCACUUUCAUUUAUUCUGGAGGUGCCAGGUUAUUAGAACAUACUGGGAAAAGAUCUGUAAACAUAUAAUUAACACAUUUGGAGUAAAUUUCCCCUUCAAAUGUGAAACUCUGUAUGUUGGUGAUAUGUUGGAAAUUGGAAUUGGAAUGUUGGAAUUUCAACAAAAAAACUUGGUGUGUUGUUGGCAACAUGUAAGAAAUCUAUUACGAGAAAAUGGUUAAAGUCGAUCUGUCCACCAUCGAGGAGCGAUCAACAGCAUACACGAGAUUCACAUCAUGGAGAAGCUGACAUUUUCUCUCAGAGUGCAAAAAGAAACAGACCAGAUCUGGUCUAAAUGGACAGAGUACAUGAAGCCAAGAAGGUCAGACUUCAUCAGUCACUUGAUUCAACUGAUUAUUGAUUUAUUUUUUAUUUUAACAGUCGUGAGAGGUUAGCCCUCCCAUGUUUGUGGAUGUUUGUGUAUGAAAAAUGUUUCAAAUAAAAAGAACAUUUAAAAAAGAAAAGGAUGUGAUGCUACCAGGCGAACCAAUCACAGUCAUCGGUCUGCAUUGCUGCAAUGUGCAGUUUCAUUCUGGGACCGUGGCACAUCAUGCUGCGACUACAGUCGAUCACCUCUGCACGCAGAAGAACACGUCAACAUUGUAUGUACAGUAAAGCUCUAUGUACUUCCUUGUGAUUCAUCGACGCAUGUUACGGAAAUCAACGUAUAUACAUAAUCAGUGACAUGGAUUAUUAUCACGUUUACAAGAUCCACAGUUUACAUGAUCCUGACAUCAUCAUCUCUUCUGAUUGGUUUUCAGGAGAGUCCUCUCCCUCAAUCAUCAGCUGUCCUUUCUGUCGCCAUGAGACCCAUGUCCCUGACGAGGAGGUGUGGUUGAUGGAGGACGACAGACAUAUUCUGGCUGUUCUGUCAUGUCAGGACCGAGCUCGUCGAGGAGGAGGAGGAGGAGCAGGUGGUGGUGGAGGGGAGGUGGUUCUUAAUCCAAACAGUCUGACAGGAGGAGGAGCCGUGGACCCGUCUCACCGCUCCUCAGACUGUCUCGUCAUCACCAUCAUGGAGCUCCCUGACGAGUCUCCGUCCUCGGACUCACUGAGCAUGCUCAAUGUGGUGGGUGUGUACCGCCCCCCCUCUCUUGACUCGUUGCCGUGCAACCUGCCAGCUCACAAGUGUCGUGCCUGGACGUCGCGCAGCUUCCCCCGCUGCCUGCUGGGGGCGCUCUGCCUGGUGUACUUCAGCUCUCUGCCUCUGGGGAUUUACCUGCUAAUGAUUGGUCAACUGUGGCUGGGCGUGGUCCUGGUCAGUCUGGUGCCAUCCACGCUGCUGCUGCUUGUCCUCUACGGCUUCUGUCAGUGUCUGUGCCACGAGCUGAGGGAGGCGCUCGCUGCACGCACGCUGCCGUGACGACAGCAUGUUGCAAUGGCAACGGCGACUCUGCGCUGCCAUGACGACCACAUGCUGUAGUGACGACAAUGACACACUGCCAUGACAACCGCCUCUUUGCUGUGGCAAUGUCAACAUGCUGCUGCAACAACACCCACACGCUGCCAUGACAACAGCCUCUUGCUGUGAGGACCACCCCUAACCCUGCCAUGGCGACGACAACCACGCGCUGCCAUGACAAUGACACAGCAACAUAUCACUGUUACUAUGUCAACAGCAGAACUAAUGAUGAUCAAAGCAACAAAUAUUUAAACCAAUCACAGUCACAGCAUGACUCAUCACAUACUCUGACCCCACCCCCUCUGAUACCAGCAGCCACACACACACACACACACACACACACACACACACACACUGUGAAGACACAGCCAAUCAGAGCAGGGCGUGGUGAUGAUGACACAAAGAGGAGGUGGAGUCUCCUCCUGCUGGCUGAAUUGAGAACUUUACAUUUAUUUUAUAUUGAACAGCUGAUGUCACAGACAGCUGUCAGCCAAUCAGGGGAGCCAAACUUUGCAGACUGACACACACUCUAAUUGAUAUUAAUUAACGACAAGCUGUUUGAUAUUUAUUGACUAGUCCUGUUCUGUGUUUGAUUCUGUGGAGACUGAUCAGAUGUAUUGAUCACGUUAUUAUGAUGAUGUUAUGAAUGAUGUCAUGUUUGUGUUUGCUGCUUUUAUAAAUCUAAAUAUAAAUAAUAAAUCUACCCCAUGACAACACAU